CGAAAAUUCAUGUUUUAGCAGCGGCGUUUGUCCAUACCCUCGACCUCGAGGUCUCGUUUUCUCUUCCAGCUCCACUCUCCCGAAAUAUAAGAUCCCUAAAAAGACCCCAAAUCCCCCUCACACUUUGCUGAACCAGAACCGAGAUGGACACUGACGUCACCAUGGUCCCAGCCGGUGAGGCCAGCUCCAGCGUCGCCGGACCCUCCUCCUCUACUAAGAAACCCAAGCGAUUCGAAAUCAAGAAGUGGAAUGCCGUCGCUCUUUGGGCCUGGGAUAUUGUUGUGGAUAACUGCGCAAUUUGCAGGAACCAUAUUAUGGAUCUCUGCAUCGAGUGCCAAGCGAAUCAAGCAAGUGCUACAAGCGAGGAGUGCACUGUUGCCUGGGGUGUGUGCAACCAUGCAUUCCACUUCCACUGCAUCAGCCGAUGGCUCAAAACCCGCCAAGUGUGCCCUCUCGAUAAUAGCGAGUGGGAAUUCCAAAAGUAUGGCCACUAGAAUGAGAAUCUAUGACCGGGCAGCUGGGUAAAAAGUUUGAUGUCAUGUAAAUCAGCUCCUGAAAGUAAGAAGGCCAACCAAAGAUGUGUCUCCAGUGACUAAACAUUGUAAUAGAUUAUUAAAAAUAUGGGAUUGGAUCGAUAGUAUGUUUGUUUCUGAAUUUUUUUUUCUGGCAGCCUUUGGACCCAAUUUGUAGGGUCGGAUGUGCAGUUUCCUUGUGACAACUAUAUUGAUAUGUGAUGCAAUGUUAUGACAUCGAUUUAUGUUUUCUUAA